GCGCGCCGCUAGUGGGCCAUUCGGCAGCAGCGGCGGUGGGAGGCUGCGACGACGAGGUGGAGUCGGAUCGCUGUUCGGGCUCCUGGUGAACCGCGCCCGCCCGACCGACCACCUCGGGAAAGAGGGAAUCGUUAGUGACAUACGAUGGACAGUCGCAACGGCGAUUUCAAUAUCCUGCUGGGCACUGAUUCUUACAAGGUAACUCACUACCUGCAGUAUCCACCUAAUACAAGCAAGGUAUAUUCUUAUUUUGAAUGUCGUGAGAAGAGGAAAGAAGAUAUCAAAUCCAGGAAGGUGCAAUAUGAUGAGACUGUGUUCUAUGGUUUACAGUACAUACUCAAGAAAUAUUUAGCAGGCAAAGUUGUAACAAAGGAGAAAAUUCAAGAGGCCAAAGAGGUCUACAGAGAACAUUUUCAACAUGAUGUAUUUAAUGAGAGUGGUUGGAAUUAUAUUCUUGAGGUAGGAAAUUUAAGAUUUUGCCUUCUCCAGGAUUUGGAAGUAUCAAUUUUAUUCCCCUGAACUAGCCAUUUUGGC